GUUUAAUUUACGAUCGACCAGAGAGGCAAGUUUGGUUUCGAGAUGAUUAGUUUGUCUCAAACUCACCGUGUCAUCAUUGAACUGUUGGAGUUGAUGCGAUGUGAUAAUUGCACCUCCACCCUCCACCAGCCAUUCACAACUGGAGUAUGUGAACAUCUGCUAUGUUCUUCAUGUAUUCCAAGUCGAGGUAAUGCAAAGGCUGCAAGUUGCUGUCCAAUUUGCUCAGUUCCCGUACAUGCACGUGAUUUCCAAGUUCAUCCACAAUUUACAUCACUCGUAUUGGUUGCACGUCGAUUAAAGAAAUUAACGAUGAAUACUUCUCAAGAGAAAGCGAACGACUCUCAGAAUUCUAUUAUUGAAAAUAAUAUUCCUGAUGCAACUAAAAAUGAGAUUAUGUUACCACAAGUAGUAGUUAAAAGAGCUUAUUCUGCUUCAAGACAACAAUUAUCCGAAGAUAAAAAUCCAGAACGUCCAAUCGGUGUAAGUUAUAAACGUGGACAUUCCUUGGCUAAUAGUGAUACAAAUAUAUCUACUGUUAAUACAUCUGUAUCCAAUGUUUGUUCAACUGGUAAUGAUUCAGGCAUUAAUUACAGACCUCAUUAUUCUUCAAAACAUAGUGCCAAAGCCAAUAAGAAGCAACGAUUAAAUAAAGUAACUAAAUUACCUGCUUAUUCAAACUCUGAUAUUCAUCAAACAAUAUCAGUAAAUUCUGUGAACGAAAGUGAAUUAUGUGUUCCUGUUGAUAAACCAAUUGAAUCACUUCCUGUAGAAGCUGUUGUUGUACAUAACACUAGAAAUGCUCGGAAUAAAAUUGCAUCGAAAGUUUGUAAAGACAAGAUAGAGUCUAAACAAAUGAUGCCUAGCAAAAUAGAUGUUCCAGCCCCAUUCGCUUCUCCUGAACCUUCUCGUUUAACAGAUCAGUCCACUUUAUCUCCGUCUGAUCCGAUUUCAUUUAAAACGUCUGUCUUCCUUACACCUGUCGAUCUACCAAUAACUGACGAAAAUAAAGCAGCAGCUUCAAAAGGUUCAAGUAUUUCAAAGAAGAAUUCUAAGAAAAUCCAAAGUAGUGUUAAGAAAGCUGUUCCUGUUCAGGAUCGUAAGUCAUCUGGAUUUCUCAAUUUACUGCACAAACUAAGACCAAAUAGCAAAGGUGAAAGCCAACUACAUAGGGCAGCAAUUCGUGGUGAUAUUAGUCAAGUAGAAGAGUUACUUUCUGCUGGGUUAUCACCGAAUAUUCGAGACCAUGCUGGUUGGACACCAUUGCAUGAAGCUGCGUUACGUGGACACUGCGAAGUCGCCAAAGCUUUGAUCAAAGCUGGAGCUACUGUAGAUAUCCCUGGUGGUCCGGAUUUAGAGACUCCUUUGCACGAAGCUAUACAAAAUGGACAAGUUGACUUCUGUCAACUGUUGCUUGACCAUGGUGCUAAUCCUAUGUUUCCAAAUAAUAAUGGUAUAAUUCCAAUACAACUAGUGGAUAACAGUAUAUGCCAACUAAAAGAACUACACAAUUCAGAUUCUAAAUCAUCAAAGUAUAAUUUCCUUCUUAAUGCAUUAUCUGACAUAAGAGAGAUGUUAAAUAAAGCAUCAUUAUCUACCAUUGUAUCACAUAAAGAUUGUGUGACUAACAAUAAAACUUUAAGUAUUUUAUCUGUCUCUUCUGCAACUACUUUCAUUGAAAGGUGGGUUUAAAAAUGUUUAUGUAAACAUCAUAUUUAAUUUCAGUGUAUCGUUAUUUUUAGCUGGAUUAAAUAAUUUGUGUAUGUCUGUGAAUUCAUACCCCAUUUAAUAGCCAAACUUGUUUUCCUUCAUGAUCUUAAUGUAAAAUGGGAUCAUUGAACUAGUCAGUGGUAAUUGACCAAAUGUGUAACACAAUAAACUGAUACCUAGUGGUAGGGAAUUUCGCAUCGACCAAUUCAUGGAUUAUUCACGUUUAGUGCAGUUAACUUUGUAAAUGUCAUUGAUCCUAAAUUAUUUGGAAGCUAACUGUUGAUUUUCACCGAAUAUAUUGUAAUAUCUUUUCAACUGUAUAUAGAACUGUAUUUCCAGCGACCAAUAAUUUGGAUGGCUUGGAACUAUCAUCACUGUGAUUUCAUUUAUAUUAAAGGUAGAAAGUCUUCCUUCGAGACGUCUAAAAACUUAAUCUCUUCACUUGUAAUUUGAGGCAUUAUCUAGACUAGAAUGUAUUCACUAUUGUGUAUGUACUAUAAAUUAAAAUCUUUGAAACUAGUGAUAAGAGAAAAUCGUAUUAUGGUUAUUUUUUGAGGAUUGUCUUUCACCUAUUAUUUAAAAAUAAUGCAUUAGUAUCUAAUCGGGUGUUCUUAUUUGCUAACAUAAUUUAGAUUUUUAUCAUAUGUUUAUUGUUAUUCCCCUUAGUCAAUUCUUUGAAUGUUUCUGUUUAUUUAAACUAAAAGACGACGUCUUCGACCUAUUCUUCUGGGUACUGGUCUAACAAGAACUCAACAAUCACUGUUCAAUCGUGUUGCCACUAUGAUACAUGCACGUGUGUUCUCAUCAAUCUCACCUGAAGUUACACAUGUCGUGACUGGUGCACUUCAAGAAUUGUCCAGCGAUGUAGUCGAUGAAGAAUCAGUCAAUAAAACAAAAAAGAACAAUAAAUCUAAAAGAAAUUCCCGUUCACUCAAAAACGAUAAUGAAUUACUCAGUUCCAAUGGCCAAGCUACUUGUCCACGUACUUUGAAGUUUCUAAGUGCUGUUCUACAGGUUAUUUAAUGAAAUAGUUUUGAUCUUUCUAUCAUUUAUUAUUACUUUACAACGUUUGAUAGUGGGCUACUUAUUUUAAAAUAUGACCUUAAAAAGUUGACGUAUUGAUUAACUCUCCAACAUAUAUAUACCAUAAACAGUGGACAUUUUCAGAGAUUCAUUUAUUGACUUUUCAAUAUUAUGUAUUAAUAUCGGUAUUUAAAAUCUGAAUUAUGUUGUUAGAUUCUGCAAACAUGGAUAUCAUGUUAAUUAGUAUUGGUAACUGAAUUCUGCAAGCCUUAGAGCAAUACUUUUGUACCACAUGUAUCACAUGUAGGUGCAAUCGAAUGUAUUGCAUCGUCUACAAAUCUUUGUCCAAUUAUUUGGUACUCACGUUCAUUCAAAUUGUUCAGUCAAGUAUAUCUGAUGUGAAAAGUUGUACUCUUAGAACUAUAUUUCUGUAUCCUGUAUGAGUUCUUUAUCAAACAAGCAAACGUAUUCUUAUGCAGCUAAGGGAACAGACUUUUCAUGGUUCUGAGUGAUUUCUAACAAAUUAUGCAAUUUCCUUUAUUUCACUAGGACAUGACAAAGCAAGUACUUAGCAAGUUUUCAUUUUUGAAAAUUCUUAUUCUUCAGUUCAAAGUAUUUUCAGUUAUGUAUUAUCACUGUUUUUCCAAAAAGAGAUUUCUGAACCAUCUUUCAGGUUAUCCGAAAUUCGAGUAUUUUUCUUUAGAAAUUUGGUAGUUGUCCAAAAUUUCUGGAAUAUUUCCAAAUUACUUUUUUUCAUAUAUAUGAAGUUGGGACUAAGACUCACAGAAAAUGGUUUUGUUAUCAUUAUUAUCUUACAAGAUCAUGCAUUUUAUUUCUAUCUGGGCAAUUAAAUAGGGUGGUAAUGCACCAAAUCCAAGUCUUUGCAAUUGGGGAGUGACCGAUGUCAAGUAUGUCUUGUCCUUCUUAGUAUUGAUCGAAUUCCGUCAAUUAAGUUUCAACGUGGUCACUGAUCUAGGCGACUCGACAUUGCGUGUACUAUGCUGAGAUGUAAGGUGAUGGUUGCAAGAAUUCGACGGCAAACCCUGUCUUAGGGGGACUAAUGCUUCCCCGUGGGCUUGGUCCCAUGCCACUGCUUCACAACCAGAGAUGUUACGACAGCUAUUCAGGCUGGGAAUGAGAUGUAUUUUUCUGUUGACCACCUUCAAACAUAACCUUAAGUGGUAUUUGAGUGUAAGUUACAUGGAGUUUAUGAAUCAUAUAGAUUGAAUCGUCCUAAUUUUGGCACACUUUAUCUGUUCAUGUUUUUUUAAUCCGUCAUCUCUUCCUAUUAAUAUUAUUUAGGGAUGUUGGAUCUUGUCAUUUGAUUGGAUUGAAACUUGUGCUCAUAUCAAGAUGCGUGUAGAAGAAGAGGGCUUUGAAGUAACUGGAUGUAGUACUGCUCCUAUGUCCGGUGCUCCUCGUCGAGCACGUCUCGCUCGUGAAGCUGGUUCUUUGGGAUUAUUUCAUGGUUUAAACAUUUGUUUCCUAGUAUGUUUCCAUCUUUUACCUUUUUUAAUAAUAGGUGAAUUGAAUUUCAUGUUUAUUUAGUCGACAAUAACCCAUCGAAAUAACAAUAGUUAUAAUCAAAAGAUUCUUGGUAUAAAGUAUGGAAUAAUCGACUUCAUUUCUGUUUAUCAAAAUCCACUGUCAUGAAAAAAAAUUAGGUGAAUAGUAAACUUCAUUUGUUUUACUUUAUUUUUGUAUUUGGAAACUUUCUUGAUAUAUAUAAGGACUGGAAUUUUAAAUUAAAUUACUGUUAUUAACCAACAAAUGUUGAAUGAUAUGGGUCAGACGCAACGUAGGACCUGGCACAUAUGUACAUCGGUUCAAGUUCCCAUACCCUACCAGGAUAACGAGAUGAAAUUUUCAAGACAAAUCUCAAAGUAAUAAUGUUGGUAAUAGUGUUAUAAAUGUAAGCGUCUAAGAUAUAAUUCGAGUCUUGUUUGGCCACCCGUAUAUUUCUUCCUAACUAUUCUUAUGUCAGCCAUCAUCCCGCAUCGAGGUAAUUGGUGUAUGGAAAUACGUAGUACAUGUGCCAACCACCUCAAAUGAUAGGGAUUCAUUAUCUCGUCAGUCGAUUAGCCAUAUUUACCUACUACUAUGCGUCUAACCUCAGAAUUUCUAACUCAAUAGUCCCAAAAUGUAUGGGCAAUGGUUCAGAGGCAUCUAUAGUCGAAUACUAGUGACCUGCGAAUAUCAUUAUUUUUGAAGACUAUGUUUCACACCCAUAAAAAAAUAAAUGAACUACUGUGCAGUAAACUCGCCCUUUGGUUAAAAAACAAAAUGAUCGAUAUGUGUAUAUAUCCUUUCGUUGUAUCUGUUGUUUGACGGUUAUGAUGUUAGUUUAAAAAAAACUGGUAUUAUUGGUAGUAGAAGACAAUCUCUAGAGUAACGGUGUAUGUGUUUAUUUCAGUGAACGUACAGGCACUGUUAAUGAGGACAACUUGUAAACAUAACUGUGUUUUUUCUUACAUUUAUGGAUUAAUAUGCCAACAAAGCAGUAAUGUUUGUGCCACGAGAUUUUUUGUAAAACCGAGUGGUUAAAUCACUGGAUCAUAACUGGACCAAGAGUAAUAAUAAAUAAAUUGGCUUAAUAAUACAAAAUUUCUUAAGAUUAAUCUGUAUUUUCAUCUCUAAAAUGAUGUUUAACAUUUCUAUUGCCUUGUACAAAAACACAUGACAAUCUGUUAGUAGUCGUUGAGUUUCCACUAUUGUUGUGUUUUAAUCUUACUGAAUUAUGUCUUAAAAAUGAGGAAAUAUUGUUGUAAAUUUAAUUAAAUAAUAAUUAGAGUGAAUUACCCUUUAUUUAGCACGUAUAUCGAUCAUGCUUUCUGUAAAGGCGGUAUUUAUAUUCGCAAAUCUUUAUCAUGUUUCAUUUUCAGUUAAUAUACAUUUUACAGUCAACACCAGUUAGUUUUGCCCGCCUUUUAGAAAGUGAAUUUUAUGCCGAAGAUUAUAUGCUUGUUUUUUGCAACAAAUAAGUGGUGUCAUGAGAGAUAAUUAGUUUCAAUAAAGAUAUUGGCCCAUGAAUUUCAUACAAGUUACUAGAUGAAUUGUUUUACAUAAUCAUAUCUUGUUGAGUUUCUUCUGUAAAUUAAGUGAUACCUAAUUGUCCUUUUUCUGCAGGGGAAUUUCGUAUAUCCUGUACCAUCCAGGGAUGAGCUUACUCGAUUAGCACGUUCUGGUGGAGCAAGUGUAGUAUUUAGUCGUGAUGUUUGCUCUCCAAUUCGACUUGCAAGAUAUGCAAUUGAGGCUGCAAAUAAUUCAUCUAUUUGGGACUUAAAUACCGUAGAGGCGAAUAAAGAGUUUGAUCAAGAGAAUAAUGACAACAUUUCGUUUAUAGAUGAAAUCACAAUGAUUGAUUCGAACAAUCCUUCCUCCUUGCUUGUUCUAUAUGAUCCGGGUGUUUUGAGUAAACCUAAAAAUGAAUCAUUUAACAAAUCCAUAUAUGCUGUAGAAACUGUUACUAAAGCGCUUAGCUUGAUCAAACCGAAAAAAUCUACAAAUACACUAAGUUCAUCGGCAGAUGACUUACCACCACCUCUUCAAUCGAUACCAUGUACUUGGCUUUUGGAUUGUGCUGCAGAAUAUCGUCUACUUCCUUUUCCCAACUGUUAAUCGAUUGUCUGUAAAUAUUUUACACCCCUAUCGAAUUUAUCACCUUAUUUAUUAUCUAAAUCGAUAUAUAUUCUCUAACGAUUAUUUUAAUUUGCUUCAGUGAAUUUCAAUAUAAUUUUUGAGAUCUUC